UUUGCCCCUCAGCGCGGUGGCGUCAUAGCGUCUGCCUGUGUGACCCGGAGACAGCCAUUCUGAUUGGUGGGGAAGGGGCCAAUGAGAAGCCAUGCCCGGACUCCAUAUGGAAGCUGGAGAUAGACAGCGACUUCUGGUUCCAGAUGGAUGCUUGCCUUGGCCCGGCCCCUCAGUGCUCCCGGGGCCACACUGCCACCUAUGACCCGGAGACUAAGAAGGUGUAUGUGUACGGCGGGAUGCGGGAGGGCCACUGGGUCAGCAACGUGUAUGUGCUGGACACGGCCGAGUGGAAGUGGACGUUGCUCGUUGCGGUGGGGAAGGUGCCGACGCUCAGCUACCACAGCGCCACCAUAUACCAGCGCGAGCUCUAUGUCUUCGGGGGGAUGGGUCCUCAGGCCGGAGCCGGGAGCGGCACCAACGCGCUUUACAUCUUCAACCCCGACUACAAGAUCUGGUACCAACCCAUCGCCGAGGGCCAGCGCCCGGGGCCCAGAUACGGUCACAGUGCGACGCUCCUCAGGAACCGGCUGCUGAUAUUUGGGGGGCGGCGCUCCCCGACUCCGGUCUACCUGAACGAUCUGCACAUCCUGGAUCUGGGUUACAUGGAGUUCACAACCGUGUCAUUCCCAUCCUCGGCGGAGAGGCCUCCCCCGCGCUGGUGAGACCCCCCCUCC